CGCGACUAUCGAAAGCAUUCGGUUAAAUGUCAGUAAAAGAUAUAUCUUCAAAAUUGGUUGGAGCUAUUUUAUUAUUUAUAGUAACUUUGUUUGUGACUUUGCUCCCAAAUAUAUUUAAGAAAUGCACAGAAAAAUAUUUGAAAAAAAUGAGCUCAUUUUCUGGAGGACUUUGAAUAAUGAAGAAAAGUGGGGGACCACAAUUGUCAAUUUUGGUGACAUCAGCCAUGCUUAAGUCGAACUAAUACCUUAUGCUCUUUCUUGGACUGUGUUUCUUAGAUUUAAUACCAGAUGUUUUAGAUAGCUUUAUAAAAACCAAAGUUCUCAAUGAUGUUCAAAGAAUAUAUCCGAUAGCUGAAUUUAUUAUCUGUUUUGGAUUGAUAAUAUUUGUUAGCAUUGAAAAGGUUGCAAAUUACUACCAAAUCAAACAACCAAGUAAUCCUUUUGUAGAGUACACUGAUGCAAAUAAUGGUAUAAGAAAUGAAAAAAAAUUGUUGCUAGACAAUAAGAAUGGUACAAAAAUAUCAUAUUCAUCUAAUAGUUCAUACCAUCAUGUAACACAGCAAAACAGUCCGUUUGAUUGUGAUUCUGGUACUAUAUUUGCAAACGACCAGAUUAUAAGCAAUCUUCAAAACAGUCAACAACAUGAGACAGUCUACACACAAGAUAGUAUUGUUUAUACACAAGAUAGUAUUGAUUAUACACAAGAUCUUGUUUGUAAUCUGCAAAUAAAUAAACUCAUAAAGAACAAGAAUUCAUCUCAUUUGAACAUUAUAGAAUCAAAGUCAAAGUUAAGAAUUUUUUUUUUAAUUUUGGCUUUUUCUGUUCAUUCAUUGUUUGAAGGACUAAUGUUGGGAUUGCAAAGUUCAUUGUAUAGUUUCAUUCAACUAAUUGCAAUACUCGCAAUCCAUAAGUGUUUAAUGGGAUUCUUUGUUGGAGUUAAAAUUGUUAGCACUCAUGAAGGUUUAAAGCUACAUUUUAAACAAGCAUUUACGUUUGCGAUUGCCACACCAAUUGGAAUAAUAAUUGGUUUAGUCAUUGUGAACUCUCUUACUAAUGACACUAAUAAUGUUAUCUCUGCAGUUCUCAUUGCAUUAUCAACUGGAACUUUUGUAUACGUGACUUUCUUUGAAAUACUUGGCAAAGAUAUCAACAGCAACAAAGAUGAUUUUUCUUUGAUUGUGUUUUUCUUUUUAGGAUUUUUACUAUUUUCUGGAAUUAAAGCCAUUCCAAAACCCAAUAUAUAAACUAUUUGUUUUUUUAAUUGGCAUUGUAUAUAUUUUAUUGUAGCAGUUUUUUAAAUUGAAAAAAAUCUUGAAUACAUUUUUUUUUUAACAUAUCUGUUUAGUAUAUUUUUCUUUUUCUCUGCCUUAGUAUAUUUUAAAUUGUAUGUUUACUUUUUCAGUUGUCGUUAAAAUUUUUUAAUGGUUAACUCUUAAAUAGAUUAAGUUUUAUAAUAUGAUACAUGUGUGUCACACACAUGUGAUUCACGUAUUAUUUAAAAUAUGACACACGUGUGACUUAAUAUUAUUUAAUUAAUUUUUUAAAAAAGCAGAUUAUUAUGGAUAAUAACUUAUUUAAAAGUAGUUUAAUAAGAAACAAUAAAAGAAUUAAAUUUUUUGUAGAAAAUUAAUAUUUAAAAUAUUACAAUUUUUUAUUACAAAAAAAAAUCUCUAGGUUCCAUCACUUCAAUCAAACACUUAGAAAUUCAAAAAACUUCUUUAAACCUUUUCGACCUAAAUUUCAAUCAAUAAUGUUAAUUUGAUUUGGCCAUAACUUUAAAAAUUUGUUUUUUAAAUUUGUUUUACUUGAAAUCAAGGACUAUUUUACAAGAAAUUUUCUUUUUUUUUCUUUUUUAGUUAUAAGAUACACCAGCAUACCACCAUAAUAUUAUACACUAUCAUAUUAUGCAACAUCAUAUUACACACCAUUAUAUUAUACCACUAUCAUUAGGGUGGUCCAAAAAAUUGAAAGUUGUAAUUUCAUUCUUUUCAAAUUGUGAUGAUACCUUAGUAAACUGUUAAAUAUUAAUUUGAUUGUUUGAGGUUUAGAGGUUGCUCAGAACUUUCAAAUUUUACUUAAUUUCUUCAUACUUGUUGUUCUCACAACACACACACACACACACACACACACACACACACACACACACACACACACACACACACACA